AUGAAUGUACGCUACCCCUCAAAACUUUGGGUCCACAGUUUCAGUGUGUCCGUGCUGCCCGGCACCAAACUGGAAAGCGGCCCGGCGACUCUGCAUCUGUGCAACAAUGCUCUGGUCAUCGCCAAAGACCUGCCGGCGGUCAUCAUCGGUCACUGGAACCUGCUGGACCUGCGGCGAUACGGGCCGGUCAGCAACGGGUUCGUGUUUGAGGGAGGAACGCGCUGCGGUUACUGGGCUGGUGUUUUCUUCCUUGCAUGUGCCGAAGGAGAACAGAUCAGUUUUUUGUUCGAUUGCAUCGUACGUGGCAUAUCGCCAAGCAGGGGGCCGUUUGGACUGCGUCCAGUCCUGCCAGAUCCCAGUGCUAACCCAUCAUCUAUAGAAGACAGGAUUAGCCAGGAGGCAAGUGAGCUAGAGAAACGGCUCAGCAUGCUAUCCAUUUGUAGUCAUCACAGCAGUGCAGCCUCCACUUUCAGUUAUGGCGCCUCCUUGGCAGGAGAUGAUCGGAGCAUCUCCAGCUCCUCCUCCGAGGCCAGUCAUUCUGAUAACAGCCUGGGCAGCCGUCUGGCGAUAUGGUCUGAGCCAGUCAGACACCCCACCCCUGUCGAUCCAAUAUCACCAUCAUCAUCCCUGUUAGGGGUUGCGGGAUCUAAGAGUACAGCUUGUUCUGUCAGUACGUCCAGUGACGAGCGUCUAUACGGAGCAAUGAUGGGAGGGCUCCGUCCUCCAUCCAAGCCUCCUCACCCUAGAGGCCUUCAAGAGGCGGGCCGCCAGAGCUCAACAGACAGCGGUAUUGCCACCGGAAGCCACUCAUCAUAUUCUGGAAGCUUCUCCUCCUACACUGGUAGCAUGGAUAUUGGGCAUGGAGAGACUGAUGAGUUUGGAUCCUUAACAAGCCUCCCUCAAAACCCCAAUUCAAACUCUAUCUCCCUUAUCAACACUCCAGUAAGGACGAUUCCACUAAUUCCUGAGCACAAACCGUGUGUGUGUCCACUCAGAGAGGCUGCUCAAAUGUACCAGGUUCCCACUCCACCUCUGCAGAAUUACGACAUCCCCCGCAGGCUCCUACAACACCAGCCCUCCGGUCAGGAACAGUUUUUGACUGCUGAAAGCCAGGGACAGAGGCCUGAAUGUGGAGCUCUGGGACAUGAAGGCAUUCCUGCAGAUGCCAUCCCCAAACAAACUGUCCCACAGAGAUUGAACUGUGAAGGAGCGCCGCCCCCUGAAGGUGCCACUACACUGCAAUUAAAGCCAGCCAUCUGUCCUGACUGUGGGAGAGGAAAGAUGGAGGAGAGGAGCAGGUGCGAGAUGAGAAGCAGCUCUGAGGAGCAAAAGUCUGACGCUGAUCCAAAAGGCAAUUACGAGCAGAUGGCAUUUAUGACUGAUGCGUCCAGGUGGCCACAGUUCAGAGCUGGAGAAUAUGGAGAGGCAGGACUGACAGGUAUUGACAGAGUUCAAGGUGAUUUCGUUAACUAUGUGAAUAUCCCCAUCAGUCCUACAUCUAAACGGCAGCUGUACUAUAUGGAGCUAGAUCUGCAGGACCGUCCAGAGUCAAGCCACACUGUCAGAGGUACACGGUGUUCCUCUCAUACACACUACACGUAUUUGAUAAUGGCUCCAACCUGAAAAAGUGCUAACCGAAAUGGCCUUCAUUUGUUCAAAAAUGCAGUAAAACAGUGAUGUUGUGAAA